AUGCCUUCACUCGGCGGCUUCCUCAAGAAAAAGCGAACGAGGGACAGCAAGGACAGCAACCCCGACCCCUCCACCUCCAACCCCACCAGCCCCGUCAUUGCAUCGGCCACCACCAAGCUCUUCGGCUCCGCGUCGUCGCAGCAGCAGCAGCAACAACAGCAGCAGCAGCAACGAUCCUCGGGAGGUACAGCCACUGCAGCCGCCCAGCCUGGCUUCGGGUCCAACGCGUCCUCGUCUGCGCCGCAGCAGGAGCAAAUGAACCCCCAACACGCCGGCGGGGUCUACGCCGCCGCGACCCAGCAGCACCACGACGGCCAGAACCUUCCUACCAUUAGCAACCUCAUAAACCAGCCUCAGAAUGAUGGCUCCUCCCUUCCCGCCGCCGUCGCCAGCAGCAACAACAACAACUUUGCGUCCCCGCCCUUCACUGCUCAACUGGGCCAUCAUAUCCAGCACCCCCCCAGCGCGAGCCCCGGCACCGACCCCUCUCGAAUGCAACAGCAGCAGCAGCAGGCAUACCCACAGCCUACGAUGCAACAGCCCGGUCAACAGCCGCCGGCGGCCGAUCAGCAUCUACAGCAGCAGCAGCAGCAGAUGCGCCCGCAGCAGCAGACGUAUCAGCCGCAUCACCAGCACCAGCUUAGCCAAUCGACACCCCGAGUCACUAAGGGCAAGUAUUCGUUGGGCGACUUCGAGAUACUGAGGACGCUCGGCACUGGUAGCUUCGGGCGAGUCCAUCUGGUUCAAUCGAAGCACAACCAACGGUUUUACGCCGUCAAGGUACUCAAAAAGGCCCAGGUUGUCAAGAUGAAGCAGGUGGAGCACACCAAUGACGAGCGCCGCAUGCUGAGUGAUGUUAAGCACCCGUUCCUCAUUACUCUAUGGGGCACUUUUCAAGACUGGAAGAACCUCUACAUGGUCAUGGACUUUGUUGAGGGCGGCGAGCUCUUUUCGCUACUGAGAAAGUCGGGGCGCUUCCCGAACCCUGUUGCCAAAUUCUACGCGGCGGAAGCUACGUUGGCGUUGGAAUACCUGCACUCCAAGAACAUCAUCUAUCGAGACCUCAAGCCCGAAAACCUCCUGCUAGAUCGGCACGGCCACCUUAAGAUCACAGACUUUGGAUUUGCCAAGCGUGUGCCGGACAAAACAUGGACUCUUUGCGGCACUCCGGAUUACCUCGCCCCCGAGGUCGUCUCUAACAAGGGAUAUAACAAGUCUGUGGACUGGUGGUCUCUUGGUAUCUUGAUAUACGAGAUGCUGUGCGGCUACACACCGUUUUGGGACAACGGUUCACCGAUGCGAAUAUACGAAAACAUCCUCAAGGGCAAGGUCAAGUACCCGGCCUACAUCAACGGCGAUGCUCAGAAUCUCUUGGAGCGGCUCAUCACCGCAGACUUGACGAAGCGUUUGGGAAAUCUGUACGGAGGUUCGCAAGACGUCAAGAGCCAUCCUUGGUUCGCCGAGGUGACGUGGGAUCGACUGGCGCGAAAGGACAUAGACGCUCCCUACACCCCCCCCGUCAAGGCGGGUCAGGGAGACGCCAGCCAGUUUGACAGAUAUCCCGAGGAUCCAGAAAAAUAUGGGCUUCCUGGCGGAGCCGACGAGUUCGGGAACUUGUUCACCGAAUUUUAA